AUGGCGCGAGAGCUGAGUCAGGAGGCCGUGCUGGACUUCCUCUGGGGGGCCGGGGGCCGAGCCCCCAACACGGCGCUGCUCCGCCACUUCCAGCGCUUCCUCCGCGACCCGGCGCUGACGGAGCAGCAGCGGCGGGAGCGCCGCGAACACUUCAAGAGCCUCGUCAAUUCCCUGGCCACCGUCCACCCCGCCGCCGCCCCCGGCGCCUCCAAGGACAUCGUCCUCCGCCGCAGGAGCAUCAGGUGCCAGCUAGCUUUGUUGGAGGUGCAGGGCAUCCCCCCAUCGCUGCCAAAUGACCACAGGCGGCAGCCCCUCACCAUGCUCUCCAAGAGCUCCCCUAGAAAUGUCCCAAGCCGGGGGCUGUCGGUGCCUCUGGGGCAGCGGGAGCACGCCUGGCUAGUGGCAGUGUCAGCAGGGUGCUGGGCUCGGGUGCGGGGGCUCUUCCUGGAAGAGCCGGAGCUGGCCCUGCAGCGGGACUUCAUGUCAGGCUUCACAGUCCUUCACUGGCUAGCCAAGCACGGUGACGGGCCAGGCCUGCAGGAGCUGGCAGCAGUGGCGCAGCAGGCUGGGCUGGCCCUGGACGUGGAUGCCCGCUCGGGCUGUGGGUACACUCCUUUGCACCUGGCUGCCAUACACGGCCACCAGCUCGUCAUCAAGGUGCUGGUGCUGCAGCUGGGGUGCCAGGUGCAGGUGCGGGACAGCAGCGGACGCCGGCCCUGGGAGUAUCUGGGCAGCUCCACCUCAGGGGAGAUCUGGCAGCUCCUGGAGGCGCCCCGAGGCACGAUUAUGUUCCCCACGCAGCCCCUGGCCCGCAGCGUGUCCUCCGUCAGCAAGGUCUCGAUGUCCGCUGGCAGGGCAGCACUGCCUGCCUGCCUCAGGCCGCAGCACGGCCAUGGGGCAGCAUCCCACCGAACCAGCAGCGAGAGUGACUGA